AUGACCGACAACCUCAAGCUCUACCUCUUCGGAGACCAAACCUUUGACAUUAAGCCCCAUCUUCAGAAGCUCUUCCAGCAGCGAGACCACCUCUUUCUCCAAGAUUUCCUAACAAAAGCUUACAAUGCCAUCCGCGUCGAGAUGUACAGGUUGCCGUCCAAGGUCAGGAAUGAUCUUCCGCGGUUCACCUGCCAAGAGGAUCUGCUGCGGUGGGAUGAGAGUGGGAAGAGGUGCAUUGCUUUGGAUAUGGCGAUGACUACUCUUUACCACCUUGGCACUUUCAUCAACCAAGCUGGGAUCUCUUCCUACGACGCCCAGAGCUCGAGAGUCGUUGGUCUCUGCACAGGAGCAUUCGCUGCCGCCGCUAUCAGCUGUAGUAGUUUCACAGCUGACCUGAUCCCCAUGGCUGUCUACUCGGUCAUCGCUGCCUUCAGGACAGGCAUGCUGGUGACUGAUGUUGCUAAGAGGGUUGAUCAGUCACAAGACCUUGAUCAGAGCUGGGCACUUCUCGUUCCUGGAUCCAAGUCUGCUGCGGCUGUUGAGAAGUUUUGCGAAGAGAGCAAUCUGCCUUUGACCAGCCGACCCUACAUCAGCGCCUACGCUCCCAACGGCAUCACCGUCAGCGGCCCUCCCAAGACCCUCGCUCAACUGAUCAGCUCUCCCAGCUUCAAGGGCCUCACAUCCAAGAGCAUUCCAAUCUUUGGUGCCUACCAUGCUCCGCAUUUGUACUCGCAUAUCGACGCCAAGAAGAUCGUAUCAAGCUUGUCAUAUAACGCUGCCACGGCUCUCUCUGAGCAGAUUCCUCUCCUUUCAAGCACUGGCGUCAAACUUGAGGAGCGAAGCUUUGCGACACUCUUGGAGGAUGCCGUUGCUCAGGCUCUGGUGCAUCCUCUCCACUGGAGUUCUAUCCUCGGAGACAUCCAGGCCUGUCUUCAGGAUGUGAACCCGGGCCAGCUCAGUGUUGUUCCCAUCGGAUCAACUGCCGAUCAUCUCAUCUAUACAGCCCUCAAGCAGACACCGCUGCGUUCUCUGGUUCCCGCCACCCACAACCAGAGCCGCCAGUCUGUUCCUGAUGUGGGCCCCGAGUCGACUUCCAAGAAGCCGAAGCUCGCCAUCGUCGCCAUGUCAGGCCGAUUCCCAGGUGCCAAGGACAAUGAGGCCUACUGGGAUCUUCUCUUCAAGGGUCUCGACGUCCACAAGCCCGUACCCAGUCUUCGAUGGGAUGCUCAGACUCAUGUUGAUCCCACUGGAAAGAGCAAGAACACCAGUGCCACUCCCUUUGGCUGCUGGCUUGAUGAUCCCGCCGAGUUUGACGCUCGCUUCUUCAACAUCUCGCCACGAGAGGCCCCUCAGAUCGACCCUGCUCAGCGACUUGCUCUAAUGACCGCUUACGAAGCCAUUGAGCAGGCUGGUAUUGUUCCCGAUGCCACUCCUUCUACCCGCCCUGACCGUGUGGGUGUCUUUUACGGCGUAACCAGCAAUGACUGGAUGGAGACCAACAGCGCUCAGGGAAUUGACACAUACUUCAUCCCUGGCGGAAACCGUGCUUUUAUCCCUGGUCGCAUCAACUACUUCUUCAAGUUCAGCGGCCCCAGCUACGCAGUUGACACGGCUUGCUCCUCCAGUCUUGCUGGCAUCCAUCUCGCUUGCAACUCUCUCUGGCGCGGCGACAUUGACACUGCCAUUGCAGGCGGUACCAAUGUCUUGACCAACCCCGACUUCACGUCGGGUCUUGAUAGGGGCCACUUCCUGUCGCGAACUGGCAACUGCAAGACCUUUGAUGAUGGUGCUGAUGGAUACUGCCGUGGUGAGGGUGUUGCUACCUUGAUCAUUAAGCGUCUUGAUGAUGCUCUCGCUGAGAAUGACCCUAUUCUGGGUGUUAUUCUUGGUGCUUAUACCAACCACUCGGCUGAGUCGGAGUCCAUCACUCGACCUCACGUCGGAGCUCAGCGAGCCAUCUUCAGCAAGAUUCUGAGUGAAGCGGCUGUUGAUCCUUACACUGUCAGCUAUGUUGAGAUGCACGGAACAGGUACCCAAGCUGGUGAUGCCACAGAAAUGGCCAGCGUCCUCGACACCUUCGCACCACCUCUUGUCAACGGCAAAAAGGCUCGUUCCGAUGAUCAGGCACUCUUUCUAGGCUCAGCGAAAGCAAAUAUCGGACACGGUGAAGCUGCUUCUGGUGCAUCCAGUGUGAUCAAGGUUCUCAACAUGAUGCAGAAGAACAUGAUCGUUCCUCACUGCGGCAUCAAGACCAAGAUCAACCACAAGUUCCCCACCGACCUCCUCCAGCGCAACGUCCACAUUGCACUGAAACCCACUGCUUGGGAUCGAAACAACGGUCCUCGACGUGUUUUUGUGAACAACUUCAGCGCUGCGGGUGGAAACUCGGCCCUGUUGCUGGAGGACGCGCCGCCCAAGGUUGAGCGACCCGCCACUGUUGACUCUCGGGUCCAGUUCCCCAUUGCUGUCACGGCCAAGAGUGGCUCUGCUCUGCAGGGAAACCUGAGAUCGAUGCUCAAAUUCUUGAAGGAGAACCCAGAAGUGUCUCUUGGCGAGCUGUCAUACACCACCACAGCUCGUCGCAUCCACCACCAGCACCGAGUUCUUGUCAAUGGCCCCACCACCGAGGACAUCUGCAAGAAGAUUGAGGCAGCUCUGCAAAACAACACUGGCGUCAACAGACCCAAGAGCUCUCCUAGCGUUGUCUUCACUUUUACGGGCCAGGGCGCUCAGUAUCCCGGAAUGGGCAAGCAGCUCUUCGAGGAGUCCUCUUUCGUCCGCUCCGAGCUUAUUCAGCUUGACCAGAUUGCUCAGAGUCUGGGUUUCCCCUCCAUGCUGCCUGUUAUUCAGUCUGAGGAGCAAGACAUUGGAAUCUUUGCUCCUACUGCUGUGCAGCUGGCCAGUGUCUGUCUCCAAAUCACUCUCAGCAAGCUCUGGGCCUCGUGGGGUAUUUACCCUGUUGCUGUUGUCGGCCACAGUCUUGGCGAGUACGCCGCUCUCAACGUCGCGGGAGUCCUGUCCGACACCGAUACUCUGUUCCUCGUUGGCAAGAGGGCGCAGCUGCUUGAGCAGAAGUGCACUCGAAGCACUCACUCCAUGCUUGUUGUGAAGGGAUCCGAGGACGAGAUUGCCGAUAUUCUCAAGGGCAACGAGUAUGAGACUGCCUGCAUCAACUCUCCGAUCGAGACUGUUCUCGCUGGAACCAACGAGCAAGUCGCCGAUCUCAAGGAACUUCUUACAGCCGCCGGCAUGAAGUCCACCCUUCUCAAGGUCCCGUACGCUUUCCACUCUUCACAGCUUGACCCGGUUCUGUCCGAGUUCCAAGAGGUUGCCGCUGGAGUCACCUUCUCCAAGCCCAGUGUCCCAGUCCUGCGCCCUCUUGACGGUACCGUCGUCGACCACUGCGAAUCUUUUGGUCCCGAGUACCUGGCGAACCACUCUCGCCAGCCUGUCAACAUGCUGGCUGCACUCUCAACUGCCUACCGUGGCCAUGUCAUCACCGAUCGAUCCAUGAUCCUCGAACUUGGCCCCCACCCCGCCAUCACGGGCAUGGUCAAAGCUGUCCUUGGCCAGCAAGUGACAUGCAUCGCCUCCCUUCAGCGCGCCAGACAGCCCUGGGACGUGCUUUGCGCUGCGCUGAAGGGUCUGUAUGAUGCUGGAGCCAACAUCAGCUGGGCAGAGUACCAGAGCGACUUUGAGGGCUCUCACUCUGUCGUCGCUCUUCCUGCUUACAACUGGGACCUCAAGGACUACUGGAUCCAGUAUGUCAACGAUUGGUCUCUGCGCAAGGGAGAUGCUCCAAUUGUGAUCAACAACGCCCCCAGACUCGAGAGCACCACGAUCCACUCUGUGGUUGAGGAAAGUGGCGACUCCAAGAAGACACACAUGAUCGUCGAAGCAGACAUCUCACGCAAGGACAUGAGUCCACUGGUGCAGGGUCAUGAGGUCGACGGAAUCCCUCUCUGCACCCCGUCGGUCUACGCAGACAUGGCCUUGACUCUUGGAAGAUACCUUCUGGAGCGCUACCAGCCCCAGCAGAAGGAGAACUUGAUCGAUGUGUCGGACAUGACCAUCUCCAAGGCUCUGAUCCUGCGAGGAGAUGGAAGCAAGCAGCCUCUUCAGGCCCACCUUGACGCCGACUGGGCUUCUCAGUCUGCAACCAUCAAGUUCAUGACCUUUGAUAACAAGGGUAACCUGCAGAAGCACUCGGAGUGUGUCGUCCGCUUCAGAGACCACAGUCUCCAGAAGACUCUGCAAGACAAGGCAGCCAGUGUCAAGCAGAAGAUGCAGGCCCUCCGCAAUGGCAUCGCGACCGGUGAGACGGCACGAUACAACCGUGCCAUGGUCUUCCGAGCCAUCCGUCCCUUGGCCCGCUUCCACGACGACUACCGCGCGAUUGACGAGAUCAUCCUGAACAGCCCAACAUACGAGGCUUCGAGUCGUCUCAGCUUUGGCAGUGUCAAGCGCGACGGCAACUUCCACACUCAUCCCGCCAUCAUUGACUCUCUGACCCAGGGCUGUGGAUUCGCCAUGAACUGCAACGAUGACACCGACUUGGAUGUUGAGGUCUUUAUGAACCAUGGUUGGGGGUCUCUGCAGAUGUUUGAGCCUCUUCAGUUUGACAAGACUUAUACCACUUACACUCAGAUGCGUCCUGGUGAGGAUAAACUCUGGCAUGGUGAUGUGGUCAUCUUUGAUGGUGACCGGGUCGUCGCCUUUUUCGGACAGAUUGCGAUUCAAGGUGUACCUCGCAGAGUUCUCAAGGUCAUUCUCUCGCUUGAGAGCGGCAAGAAGACUCAGCCCCAGCGUCCGGCUCAGAACAAGGCACCUAGCAUCUCCAUCUCUGCUCCUGUGAAUGGGCCAUCGGCUGCCCAGAAGCUUGCGCUACCACUUGAGAAGGUCCAGCCAUCCAGAAUCUCCACCGCUCUCUUGAUCAUUGCUGAAGAAAGUGGCAUCGACGUUGCCGAUCUUACCGAUGGCACCAACUUUUCUGACGUGGGCAUCGAUUCGCUUCUGGGAUUGACCAUCUCCGCCCGCUUCAGAGAAGAGCUCGAUGUCGAUCUUGACUUCAACGCCCUCUUCUUCGACCAUCCCACAGUUAAGGAUCUCAAGAUGUUCCUUAUGGGACCCGGCGACGAUGGAAGCGCGACCUCCUCCUCCAACGCCAGUGACUCUGGCUUGGAGUCGCCACCCAGCGGCCUCAUCACUGGAGCCGUCACACCUGAUGUGCACGAGGACUUUGCCAACCCUUUCGAGGUCGACUUCCUCCGCGCGCUUGACAUCAUCUCGGAAGAGAGUGGAGUUGCUCGAGAGGAGCUUGACGACGACACCAACUUUGCUGACUGUGGCGUUGACUCUCUACUGUCUCUUGUCAUCACCAGUCGUUUCCAGGAUGCUUUUGGACUUGAUGUUGGGCAUGAGACUCUCUUCCUUGAUUGCCAGACUGUCGGCGACCUGAAGGAGAUGCUGAUGAGGGAGAUGGGAGGAACACCCCCGGUCCCGUCUGUUCCCAUCAACAAGGCAGUCGCUCUCCCAGUACCUGAGGUUGUUCAAGCUCCUCCCAGCAAGACAAUCGCAGUCGACAAUUCCCACAGCGGUACUUCCAACCUCGAUGCCCGCCAGAAAGCCGUCGACGAGCUUGUCCAGAAGUACACCGCCGGCUUCUCUGCCCCAUCCUCAGACCCUUCAGCCACUCUCCCCGCCGACAACGAAAAGGUCGUCCUUAUCACCGGUGCCACCGGAGGCCUUGGCAGCCAUCUUGUCUACUCCAUCGCCCAGCUCGAAGACGUCAAGACCGUCAUCUGUCUCAAUCGUGACAACAGGGAAGAGCCUGAGACGCGGCAGUACAAGGCCAUGAGAGAGAAGGGUAUCCGCUUCCCCGAGGACCUGAAGCACAAGCUCCGAAUUUUCCAGACCGAUACCUCCAAGCCUCAUCUCGGACUUGAAAGGAGUGACUACAAUGGCCUUGUGGGUUCAGUCACUCACUUGAUCCAUAACGCCUGGCCCAUGAGCGCCAAGCGUCCCCUGUCGGGCUUCGAGUCGCAGUUCCAGGUCUUCCGCAACCUCGUCGACUUUGGCAAUGAGGCCGCCUCUCGUCGCCCUGAGAGCUUUAAGUUCAGCUUCCAGAUGGUUUCUUCAAUCGGUGUCGUCGGACAAUACGGUCUGGCUGCUGGCCAAACUGGAAAGAUUGUCGUCCCUGAGAAGAGUGCGACCGUCGAUUCUCUGCUCUCUAAUGGCUACGCAGAGGCGAAGUGGGGGUGUGAGAGAAUGCUUGAUGAGACUCUGCACCAGUAUCCUAACCGCUUCCGCGCCAUGGUUGUCCGCCUUGGUCAGAUUGCUGGUUCCAAGACAAGCGGUUACUGGAACCCAAUGGAGCAUUUCGGAUUCCUCAUCAAGUCGUCUCAGACUCUGAAUGCCCUGCCUGAUGUCGAUGGUGCUCUUAACUGGACGCCAGUCAACGACAUCGCUGAUACACUGUCCGACCUUGUUCUGUCUGACAGCACUCCCCACCCCUUCUAUCACAUCGACAACCCGGUUGGUCAGCAGUGGCGCGAUGUCAAUGCCAUCCUCUCAGACGCCCUCCGAAUCCCCAACCUCGUCCCUUUCAAGGACUGGCUCCAACUUGUCCGAAAGGCGCCUCAGCAAGAUAACCCCGCUGCCCUCUUGGUCGACUUCCUAGAGAGUACUUACCUCCGGAUGGCCUGCGGAGGACUCGUCCUGGAUGUCAAGAACACUCUUGAGCAUUCCAAGUCUCUCAGGGCCGUUGGGCCUGUCCCAGAAGUCGUCACUCGGAAGUACAUUCACAUUUGGAAGGAGAUUGGAUUCUUGAAGUCCACGGCGGAGGACAAGGCUGGCUUUGAGGCUGAGAGGCUUCGACUUUGGGGCCCCAGGGUAUAA